GUUACCGACGUAGCUUCCGAGGUUUGUUUAUAGAAAUCCAAACACCAGAAUUUUACGACAUUCAGAGAGUUGGGAGAGUGAAGAUCAAAGAAAUUAAAAAAUGCGAUUCAGCAGGGCGUUGAAGGUUGCUCCGAUUCUGCUUCUUCUGCUGAUCCUUUUUACAUUUGCGAAUGCCAAGAAGUCAGCCGAUGUGACCCAGCUACAGAUCGGAGUCAAGCAUAAGCCCAAAUCAUGCGAGUUCCAAGCUCACAAAGGUGAUAGAAUCAAAGUGCACUAUCGGGGGAAACUCACUGAUGGAACUGUAUUCGAUUCAAGUUUUGAAAGGGGUGACCCAAUUGAAUUUGAGCUUGGUAGUGGUCAAGUAAUCAAAGGAUGGGACCAAGGACUACUAGGAAUGUGUGUCGGUGAGAAGCGGAAGUUGAAAAUACCCGCAAAGCUUGGUUAUGGUGACCAUGGUUCACCACCCAAAAUCCCAGGUGGAGCAACACUAGUAUUUGACACGGAGCUUGUUGCAGUCAAUGGGAAGCCAUCCAGCGGAGGGGAUAAUACAAGUGAAGAUGAGCUAUAAUAACUGAUGAUAGGCACUCGUCUGAGCAGCUUUAUCCUUUUACUACGUUUGUUUUCCUUUAAAAAUGCUAGCAAUGGUAAACCUCACCAGCCUUUCUGGCUGGGAUUUAGAAAACAAAUUCUGGUGCCAUUUUUCCAUAAGCAAAAAACUAUUUAUUGAUACUUA